AUGGCGUCCAACGCAGCAGCAGUGAUCCCUUCGCUCCUGUCUCGCCUGUCGCAGCCCGCCCGCCCGUGGGCUCUCCGAGCAUCGCAGUUCACACCCAAAGGUGCCGCCUCAUCGUGGACAACAAGAGGCUUUGCACCCUCCCAUGUCCGCUUCGCCCACGCCAUCCCGCGUCCCGCGCAACCCAAGGGCCCCUCCGUCCAGCUCAAGCCCCAGCACGAGGCCGAGGCCAUCGUCUCGGGCCAGGCUCCCGACAGCGAAAGCGGGCGGCCCGCCAUCCCGCGACACGCCCACCGCCAGGCCGCCUACUACCAGCUCUCCUUCACCUGCGUCCCCUGCGGCCACCGCUCCCACCACAACAUCUCCAAGCAGGGCUAUCACACCGGCUCCAUCCUCAUCACCUGCCCUGGCUGCCGGGACCGCCACGUCAUCAGCGACCAUCUCGAAAUCUUUGGCGACCGCAAGAUCACCGUGGAGGAUCUCAUGCGGGAACGGGGCCGCCUCGUCAAGCGCGGCAGCCUGGGCGAGGACGGCGACGUCGAGUUCUGGCCCGAUGAGCCGCCUGAGCAGUCCACGAAAGAGACGUCCGAGAGACUGACCGGCGAUUCGAGGGAGGCGCGAGACUCGUGA